AUGGCGAUUGGCCCUCUCGCAGAGUGGCGGCGACUUGCGGCGCUCAUCUCGACUUGUCUGGUACCCCCACCCUCCUUCCCUCUCUCCCCUCUGCUGAUGUCCGAAGGCUUUUUCGAAGAUCUCCCCGACGUUGACAGCCGGUCAUGUCAGCUACUGGGGCCCACCGCUUUGAUCACACAGGGCCUCAUGGGUGUUUUAGUCAUCUCGUCCUUGAUAUACAAACGGCAUAGGGAAACUCCAAAACGUCCGUGGCGAAUAUGGUUGUUCGACGUCUCGAAGCAGGUCCUCGGGCAAAUGGUCGUCCAUGGCGUGAAUGUUUUAAUUUCCGGCAUAGUCGCCGAGGUAUCGUCGGGGAACGCCUGUGUAUUCUAUUUUCUUAAUAUUCUUAUUGAUACCACCAUUGGUGUUGGUGUAAUAUACUUCGUGCUUCAUCUCCUCACCUGGCUCUUCAGCGAAAAGCUUCUCUUCAAAGGCUUUGAAUCGGGCCAGUAUGGCUCGCCGCCGUCCUUAACGUACUGGGCCCGCCAAGCAGCCAUCUACGUCAUAUCCCUACUUACCAUGAAGCUACUGGUGGUGGGGCUCUUCGCUGCCUGGCCAGGUAUCUUUAAGCUGGGCGAAUGGUUGCUUGAAUACCUCGGCCCGAGUGAUGCAGUACAAGUCAUAUUGUAUGUACUUGUUCGCGUUCCAGUCUGA